AUGGCUGGAGAGGUGAUUCCUCCGCCGUACGUUAUAUCUGCGGAUGACAAGCGCGGGCUCAUUGUUGUGACCGGUGCAGCUGUCUUGGCCUUUGUCUGGUCCUGUUUUCUGAUCCGAGUAUGGUUGCGCCUGCAAUCGAGGGAGUGGCGAUCUGAUGAUUGGUGGCUCGCGAUAGCAACAUUGCUCGACACGGUACAAUCAGGAAUCAUCUUCCAUCUCGUCAACCUAGGCCUAGGAGCCUCACAAGUCGGAGUACCGUUGUCGCAACUGCAGCAACUUGGAAAUGAAGGUUUUGCGUCGCAGAUCAUCUAUAUCUUCGUUAUACUCGCUUCGAAGCUAUCGGUGCUUUCGCUAUACCUAAGACUAUCGCCGGGCGGAUCUCAUCGCAUCGCGUCAUGGUCGCUCGUAGCACUGUCCUGUCUAUGGGCACUGGUAUCCGUCAUCCUGAUUGCUAUACCAUGCAAUCCUGCGCAAACAUAUAUAGACGCGGGCAACUGUACGAACAGGUGGCCAAAAUGGCUCAGCAUAGGCACCUUCGACAUCCUAACCGAACUCCUAAUGUUCCUCGCCGCAGUCCACCUAAUCUACUCCCUCCAAAUGCGCCUACUCGCCAAACUCCUCGUAAUCCUCGCUUUCUCCGCCCGCCUCCCUGUCAUCGCAAUCGCCGGAAUCCGUCUCUACUACCUGGACCUACGACUUCGCGGGUCAAACUUCACUUUCGACUACGUAAUCGCUACGCAAUGGCAGAUGGGAUAUGCGAUCAUGUCGAGUACGAUAACGGGAAUGGGUCCUUUCUUGAAGCCGUUUGAUAAGGAGUACUGGGAGUGGGAGUGGGAGUGGGGGGAGGUCGAGGAUGGAAAGUGCGUUGACGACGCAUUCGAGUGGGAUGUUACCGCCCUCGAGGAGGCAGAUGAUGGGUCAUCAUCACCACCAUGGCCAUCACAGGCGGUCCGCGGAUAA